GGAGGAGGAAGAUGGCGGGAGGGCGGCUCUGAGGAGACCUCGGCGGCGGCGGAGGAGGAGAGAAGCGCAGUGCCGCGCCGCGCCGGGGCCCAUGUGGGGAGGAGUCGGAGUCGCUGUUGCCGCCGCCGCCGCCGCCGCCUGUAGCUGCUGGACCCGGGUGGGAGUGAGGGGGAAACGGCAGGAUGAAGUUCGCCGAGCACCUCUCCGCGCACAUCACUCCCGAGUGGAGGAAGCAGUACAUCCAGUAUGAGGCUUUCAAGGAUAUGCUGUAUUCAGCUCAGGACCAGGCACCUUCAGUGGAAGUUACAGAUGAGGACACAGUAAAGAGGUAUUUUGCCAAGUUUGAAGAAAAAUUUUUCCAAACCUGUGAAAAAGAACUUGCCAAAAUCAACACAUUUUAUUCAGAGAAACUCGCAGAGGCUCAGCGUAGGUUUGCUACACUUCAGAAUGAGCUUCAGUCAUCACUGGAUGCACAGAAAGAAAGCACUGGUGUUACUACACUGCGACAACGCAGAAAGCCAGUCUUCCACCUGUCCCAUGAGGAGCGUGUCCAACAUAGGAAUAUUAAAGACCUUAAACUGGCCUUCAGCGAGUUCUACCUCAGUCUUAUCCUGCUGCAGAACUAUCAGAAUUUGAAUUUUACAGGGUUUAGAAAAAUCCUUAAAAAGCAUGACAAGAUCCUGGAAACUUCUCGUGGAGCAGAUUGGCGAGUGGCUCAUGUAGAAGUGGCUCCAUUUUAUACAUGCAAAAAAAUCAACCAGCUCAUCUCUGAAACUGAGGCUGUAGUGACCAAUGAACUUGAAGAUGGUGACAGACAAAAGGCUAUGAAGCGUUUACGUGUCCCCCCUUUGGGAGCUGCUCAGCCUGCACCAGCAUGGACUACUUUUAGAGUUGGCCUAUUUUGUGGAAUAUUCAUUGUGCUGAAUAUUACCCUUGUGCUUGCAGCUGUUUUUAAACUUGAAACAGAUCGAAGUAUAUGGCCCUUGGUAAGAAUCUAUCGGGGUGGCUUUCUUCUGAUUGAAUUCCUUUUUCUACUGGGCAUCAACACGUAUGGUUGGAGACAGGCUGGAGUAAAUCAUGUGCUCAUCUUUGAACUUAAUCCAAGAAGCAAUUUGUCUCAUCAGCAUCUCUUUGAGAUUGCUGGAUUCCUGGGGAUAUUGUGGUGCCUGAGCCUUCUGGCAUGCUUCUUUGCUCCAAUUAGUGUCAUCCCCACAUAUGUGUAUCCACUUGCCCUUUAUGGAUUUAUGGUUUUCUUUCUUAUCAACCCCACUAAAACUUUCUAUUAUAAGUCCCGGUUUUGGCUGCUUAAACUGCUGUUUCGAGUAUUUACUGCCCCCUUCCAUAAGGUAGGCUUUGCUGAUUUCUGGCUGGCCGAUCAGCUAAACAGCCUGUCAGUGAUCCUAAUGGACCUGGAAUAUAUGAUCUGCUUCUACAGUUUUGAGCUCAAAUGGGAUGAAAGUAAGGGCCUGUUGCCAAAUGAUUCAGAAGAACCAGAAAUCUGCCACAAAUAUUCAUAUGGUGUGCGAGCCAUUGUUCAGUGCAUUCCUGCUUGGCUUCGUUUCAUCCAGUGCCUGCGCCGAUACCGUGACACAAGAAGGGCCUUUCCUCAUUUAGUUAAUGCUGGCAAAUACUCCACAACUUUCUUCAUGGUGACGUUUGCAGCCCUUUACAGCACUCAUAAAGAACGAGGUCACUCGGAUACCAUGGUGUUCUUUUACCUGUGGAUCGUCUUUUGUAUCAUCAGUUCCUGCUAUACCCUCAUCUGGGAUCUGAAGAUGGACUGGGGUCUCUUUGAUAGGAAUGCAGGAGAAAAUACUUUCCUCCGGGAAGAGAUUGUAUACCCUCAAAAAGCCUACUACUAUUGUGCCAUCAUAGAGGAUGUGAUACUACGCUUUGCUUGGACUAUCCAAAUCUCGAUUACCUCUACAACUUUGUUGCCUCAUGCUGGGGACAUCAUUGCUACUGUCUUUGCUCCUCUUGAGGUUUUCCGGCGGUUUGUGUGGAACUUUUUCCGCCUGGAAAAUGAACAUCUAAAUAACUGUGGUGAAUUUCGUGCUGUGCGAGACAUCUCUGUGGCCCCCCUGAACGCAGAUGAUCAGACACUCCUAGAGCAGAUGAUGGACCAGGAUGAUGGGGUACGAAACCGCCAGAAGAAUCGGUCAUGGAAGUACAACCAGAGCAUCUCCUUGCGCCGGCCUCGCCUCGCUUCUCAAUCCAAGGCUCGAGACACUAAGGUAUUGAUAGAAGACACAGAUGAUGAAGCUAACACUUGAAUUCUCUGAAGUCUAGAUUAACAUCUUUGUUUUCCUACUCUACAAUUCUUUCCUCGACCAACGCAACCUCUAGUACCUUUUUCCAGCUGAAAACAGGAGAAAACACGUAACACAUUUUCCGAGCUCUUCCAGAUCGGAUCCUAUGGACUCCAAACAAGCUCACUGUGUUUCUUUUCUUUUCUUCUGGUUUAAUUUUAAUUUUCUAUUUUUAAAACAAAUAUUUACUUCAUUUUGCCAAUCAGAGGACGUUUUAAGGAACAAAAACAUAGUACCUUAUGGAUUGUUUACAAUCACAAGGACACAGAUACCUAUCAGGAAGAACAGGCAUUGCAAGGACCCUCUGAUGGGAUGGUACCGAGAUAGCUCGGCUUCUGCUUGGUCCAGUUUUGACUGGUUGAAACUGGACAUUGGUUUUUAAAUUUUUUGUCAGUUUAUGUGGAGAAUCUUUUCCUUUCCUUCAUACCCAGCGCAAAGGCACUGGCUGCACUUGCAGGGAAAGUGCAUCUUGGAGCAGUACCUUCAUUCAUGAAGCUACUUUUUAAUUUGAUGUAACUUUUCUUAUU